AGUUACCAAAGACGAUGUCCUAUAAUGGUCCGAACAUUGUUAUCUCAGAACCCAUCGUCAGUUUCAUCCAUUCUCUCUUUUUCUUUCCUUUUGUAUCAUUCAAAGGCAAAGCAAGGCAGGAGCGUUGAGCUGAGUGCCGCAGUCGAUCGAGAAGCUAAUCGGUUAUGGAAGAUAUAAUCUCUUCGUCUUCUUCAUCUUCUUUCCUGCAUGCUUGUCAGGAGAACACGCCCUCGCUUCAGCAACGCCUCCAUUUCAUCAUUCAGAACCGCCCGGAGUGGUGGGCUUAUGCGAUCUUCUGGCAGCCGGCGAAGGAUCCCAAUGGAAACCAUGUGUUGUCAUGGGCUGAUGGCUACUGCAACAAGGACCUUGGGUCGAAGGACUGCAACAAGCUCAGCCAGCCGCUGUUCGGGUUCGAUUUGGAGAGGAAGAAAGUGAACAGAGGGAUUCAUGCUCUUUUCCACGAUAGCUCGGAGAUUGAUGGAUCCAUGGACGGCGAUGUGGCGACCUGGGAGUGGUACUACAUGGUGUCUGUCACCAAGUCAUUUGUGGUCGGAGAUGGGGUUCUGGGCAGGGUGUUUAGCUCCGGCGCCUUUGUGUGGCUGACUGAUCGUGAGCUACAAUGCUAUGAUUGUGAAAGAGUGACUGAAGCUCGAAUGAAUGGGAUUCGGACACUGUUGUGUGUUUCAACCUCAUGUGGCGUACUGGAAUUGGGUUCUUUAGAUAUGAUCAAGGAAGACUGGGGUCUGGUCUUGUUAGCCAAAUCCCUAUUCGGCUCAAAGCCAUCCACCCAGGUGAGCCAAAUCCAAAUGCCGGAUCGCAACCUCUCCAUCUUCGACAUUGGAGCAGCGUCAGGAGUUCAAAGAGAGAGCCACGAAGGUAAGCAACAGAAAGACCAUGAUAAGAAAGACGCCGGCACCACCAUAGGUAGGUCAUCUUCUGAUUCCGGGCAUUCUGAUUCCGACGAACCAUUCGCCUCGGCAUUGACGGAGAACAUCCGGCCCAAGAAGAGAGGAAGAAAGCCUGCAACCGGGCGAGAGAUGCCUCUAAACCACGUGGAGGCGGAGAGGCAGCGGCGGGAGAAGCUUAACCACCGCUUCUAUGCGCUCCGGGCAGUCGUCCCCAAUGUGUCGAGGAUGGACAAAGCAUCUCUCCUUGCAGAUGCAGUUUCAUACAUCCAUGAGCUCAAAACCAAAAUUGACGACUUGGAAACAAAACUCCGAGAAGAAGUGCGAAAACCAAAGGCGUGUCUAGCUGAGAUGUAUGAUAAUCAAAGCACAACCACAACCAGCAUUGUUGAUCAUGGAAGAUCAUCUUCAAGCUAUGGUGCAAUUAGGAUGGAAGUAGACGUGAAGAUUAUAGGGUCUGAAGCCAUGAUAAGGGUUCAGUGUCCCGAUCUAAAUUACCCUUCUGCAAUCUUAAUGGAUGCACUUCGAGACCUGGAUCUUCGAGUUCUUCACGCAAGCGUAUCCAGCGUCAAGGAGCUGAUGCUUCAAGAUGUUGUGGUCAGAAUCCCCGAAGGGUUGACGAGUGAAGAGGCCAUGAGGACUGCAAUACUCAAAAGAAUGCAGUAAGUUUGUAUUGAUCAUCUUCAGAAAGCUUAUUUUCAAUCACCACAACUUUCUGUCUUGACUACUUUAGAUAUAUAUGUAUGUAUAUGCAUCUGUCGAAGUGUAGAACUGGAGGAAGUUGACUAAGCUUUCUAAUCUUCCAUUAAUAUAUGAAUGGAACUCCAAAUUAACCUUGUUGA